CUCUGUGGGGGCGGGCAGAGAGACGGAGAGAGAGGGUGGGGGCACUGAUAUAGCAGAACUGCUGCUAUAUUCAAGCAGUAUUUUCCAAAACCAAUAAUUAUAUUCAUAAUUCCAACCUUAAUUCCAUUUCAAGCUCUGAGUAUUGACACCAUAAGCAGAAGGACGAAUAUAUGAAAAAGAUAAUAUAAACGUAUCUUCGUUUACCUGUCGAUUGCACUCGUCUUCGCGGAGGAGAAAGAGACAGCGGGACUGUAGACGGAUGCUGUGAGAGAACCGUCGGGUAACAAGACACCUGAUCACGAUGGACAGAAUGAAUUUUCUCUCUCUUCUUCUCCUCUGCAUGACCUCGGUUACCCACGGCAACAAAGCUAAUAAGCACAAGCCUUGGAUCGAGACCGAAUACCAGGGUAUUGUGAUGGAGAAUGACAACACGGUGCUGCUCAACCCACCGCUCUUUGCCGUGGACAAGGAUGCGCCUUUGCACUACGCAGGUGAGAUCUGUGGGUUCAAGGUUCACAGCGGUGCCUCCGGCGUGGGUGCGGCCAAGUUUGAAGCGGUGGUUCUGGACCGGUCGACGGGCGAGGGGCUGGUCCGCUCCAAGGAGCCUCUGGACUGCGAGAGCCAGCGAGAGCACAGCUUUACCAUUCAGGCCUACGACUGCGGGGAGGGCCCUGAUGGGGCCAACAGCAAGAAGUCACACAAAGCCACGGUGCAUGUGCGUGUGAACGAUGUGAACGAGUUCUCGCCGGUGUUCGUGGAGCGGCGGUACGAGGCGUCCGUGCCCGAGGGCCGCCUGUUUGACCGCAUCGUGCGGGUGGAGGCUCUGGACGCCGACUGCUCCCCGCAGUACAGCCAGAUCUGCUUCUAUGACAUCAUCACCCCUGAUGUGCCCUUUGCCAUUGACAAUGAUGGGAACAUUAAGAACACAGAGCCCCUGGACUCCAAGCACCAGCAGGUCUACACUUUCUGGGUGACGGCGUUUGACUGCGGAAAAAACCGUGCUCAGGCCGACGCCCAGGUCAUUGUCACUGUCAAACCCACCUGCAAGCCCGGCUGGAUUGGAUGGUCCAAGCGUGUGGAGUAUAUCCCUGGGUCAGGCAGCAUUCCCCUCUUUCCCAGCCUGCACCUGGAGACCUGCGAGGAGACAGUUUGGAACAUCCAGGCCACCGUAGAGUUGCAGACCGGUCAUAUUGGGAAGGGCUGUGAUAGAGACAGCUACUCUGAUAGAUCUGUGCGCAGGCUGUGUGGUGCUGUAAGGGGAGAGGUCGACCUGCUCCCACCCCCUUCACCUGCGGCCAAUUGGACAGCAGCUCUCCCGACCCUGCCUUCCUCUGAUUCGUCGCUUAUUUUCUCAUUCAACGGCACGGCCCAUGUUGCCGUGGUGCCCGACUCAGUGGCUGCCACAGUGUCCGGUGACUACUUCACCCUUCAGUUAUGGAUGAGAAGAGGAGGGGCUAACGCACAUGCACUGACCAAUCCGGCGAGAGGGAAUCACAGGGAGGAGGAGACUAUCAUCUGUAGCACUGUUAGGAAUGACGAUUCAUUCUCUCACUACUCCCUAUCGGUUCACGGCUGCCGCCUCUCCCUGUUCUACUGGCCUGAUGUCACCACUGCCCGCCCCGUCAAGUUCCUCUGGAAACUGGAACAGGUGUGUGACAGCGAGUGGCACCACCUUUCCCUGAGCGUCCAGUUCCCCUCUGUCACCCUCUACGUCGACGGCGUGACCUUUGACCCGGCGCUCAUCCACGACAACGGAGCCAUCCCCAACCCCGCCCCUCAUCAGCGACUGGUCAUCGGCGCAUGCUGGGAGGAGAGACCGAAGGAUGUUGUCAACAACACUGUCCCUGAGGGCCGAGACGCAGGGAGGUUUGUGGGAGGUUACAGGGGGCUGUUGUCAGGGGUGACUGUGCGUCCAGGAAGCGUGGAGCCUCACAGCGUGGUGGAGUGCCUGUACGCCUGCAGGGAGGGGCUGGACUUCGGUGACCUGGAAACACUUGGGUCGGGAAUGAAGGUGCAUGUGAACCCCAGCCAGUCCACUCUGGUCCUGGAAGGGGACGACAUCGAAAGCUUCAACCGCGCUGUUCAGCAGGUCACCUACAGAAACUCCCUUCGCUUUGCCACCCCUGGUGUUCGUCCCCUCAAACUGUCCACCUCCCUCAGGUGCUUCAACGAGGAAAACUGCCUAUCGCUCAAACAGUUAGAGGGGUACCUGGUGGUCCUCAAGCCAGACGCUCCCCAGAUCACCCUGUCUGGGGUGGGCCCCCACUUGGCCCGGCCUGCACCCGAAUUUGAGGGUCCACAUGGGAUCCCCCUGUUCCCAGAGCUGAGGAUAACCUGCUCCCUGUCCCACGCCAUCAACACCGCAGCUCAAGACAUGGAGGGAGGGGCUCUCAUGUCUGAUGCAGUGGCCCAUACUCUGGAUGGCUGUGAAGUCCAGCCCCUAGGGGAGGAGCUAAACCCGGAGAGGGAGGAGCUUAUGGUGGACAUAGAAGCACUGAGAGAAAAAGGGCUGGACAUUAUCAACACGACAGCUUACAUAGCAAUUACAGGAGCUGAAUCCAUCUCGGUGUAUGAGAAUGUCCUCCGGUCCAUUCGCUACCGGCUGACCAAGGGCUCCGCCCGCUUUGAGAGGCGAUUCCGGCUGUCCUGCUCGGAGAUGAACGGGCGUUACACCAGCAACGAGCUCACUCUGGAGGUGAACUUCCUGCACUCGCUGGACAGCCUUUACCACCCCUCCCACCUCCUGGCCUCAGAGCAGCAGUUCCUGCAUCCUUCCCACCACUCUGGAGAGCUGAGCGGACACGCCCUCCCCAGCGCACACCACAGCUCUGUGGUGCCAGGAGCAGCCACCAUUAUUAUUAUGGUCUGUGUGGGGUUCUUGGUUGUCAUGGUGAUCCUGGGCGUGUUCCGAAUCCGCUCCAUCCAUCGCCGAGUUGAUGGGGUCAGGGGCGGAGAAAAAGAAGGCGGUGGCCAAUGGGACGACUCUGCCCUCACCAUCAUUGUUAACCCAAUGGAGUCAUACGAGUCUCAGCUGGGUGUGACAACAGACAUCGAGGAGGAAGAAGAGGACUACGAAGAUGGGGCGGAGUCACCUGGAGACAUCAGUGAUGAUCAGCAAAUCAUCAUCAGGAAGGAAGGGAGAGACUCCGCCUCCUGUCGUUACUGACCAGAUCACAGCACAUUCAUUCCCCACAGCCACUACAGCACAGAACACACAGAAUAUACCCAAACACACAGAGCCACACUCUAAUACACCACUAUAGCACAGAACACCUAGAAUAAACCCAGACACACAGAGCCACACUCUAAUACACCACUACAGCACAGAACACCUAGAAUAAACCCAAACACAUAGAACCACACUCUAAUACACCACUACAGCACAGAACACCUAGAAUAAACCCAAACACAUAGAACCACACUCUAAUACACCACUAUAGCACAGUUAACACAGAAUACACCCAAACACAUAUAACCACACACUAAUACAGCACUACAGCACAGUACACAGAAUAUACCCAAACACACAGUACUACACACUGUUACACCACUAUAGCACAGUUAACACAGAAUAUACCCAAACACAUAUAACCACACACUAAUACAGCACUACAGCACAGUACACAGAAUAUACCCAAACACACAGUACUACACACUGUUACACCACUAUAGCACAGUUAACACAGAAUAUACCCAAAUACAUAUAACCACACUGAAAUACACCUCUAUAGCACAGAGUAUACCCAAACACAUAGAACCACACUUGAAUACACCACUGCAAAAACACCCAUAGCGUAUAAGCUCAAAAGAACUUUGCACAGCCUGUACAAUCCUCCUGAAACAUUUCAUACACACAAGCAGUGCUAACAUUUGUGUGUUUAUCUUUCUGUAUCAACACAUACUGCACUACUAUAUACAACAUGAUCAGCUCAACCGAUUACAUACAUAUGUCACACAACUCCCCACACAAAAAUAUAUCCCCACAAGGAUUCUUAAUGACCCCAGCCUAAAUGCACAGAAUAGUUAGCUUCAAAGAAAUUCAUCAGAUAUCUCUACUGGCCUUACCUUCGUUUUAUUCUGCUUCCUGAAUUCGACUGUAAAGAGCUGAGUGGGAACAGUGCCUUUGUUUUCCUGUAUGGACCCUCAAACGGCCUGGUAAUUGCUGUGUAAAAUUCAAAUCGUCAAACUGGGCUGCAUAAUCUGUCAUACCACUGAAGUGGAGAAUCUCACUGUCUCCAGAAGCAGAUCCUGCCGGCUAAAGCUAAAUAAAUUGGUUUAGGUUCAUUUUUGAUUUUUAAAGGUAAGGAUAAUGUUUGACAAAGUAAGAACUGAAGCCUACACACAAUAGUUACCACAAUAUAUAAUCCAAAACUGCACAGAUUUUACCUACACGAAAUAAAUGCCAAACAUUUAGAACUUUGUCAUCUUUUUUGCACAAUCUCUACACAUUCCUUAGCUACGAAACAUAACACGCCAAGAAAUAAUUGUGAAGUCUGAUAAGCUGUUGUGGAUUUUGC